CACACACUGCUUCAGUGUCUCUGUGAUCGGAGCGAGCGAGAGUCGGCGGCGGGGAGAAUGAGGAGCGGCGGGUUCGACAUGCGGGGAGGCUCCGGCGAGGCUGUCGCCGUUGCGAGGGACGUCGCCUCCUCCAGCCCCUCCAAGAACGCAUCAGCAUUGGACGUCAUGAGGUACCAGACGAUCACCCCGGACAGCCUCCCGCUCGCCAAUGGCAGCGGUAGCGGCAGCGGCAGCAGCUCAAGCCGGAAGCUGCCGGCGCUGGCGCCCAGACCGAGCCCGGACACCCUCCCGCUCGCCAAUGGCAGCGGUAGUGGUAACGGCAGCGGCAGCAGCUCAAGCCGGAAGCUGCCGUUGCUGGCGCCCAGGCCGAGCCCGGACGCCGCCGCCGGCGAGAGCUCGCGCCUGGCGUCCUACCUGGCCGCCACCUCGCUGGAGCAGCACAAGCCCGCGAGGUCGCUCGUGAUCCGCAGCCCCGCGCGCGACCCGCCCACCAGCUUCUCCUUCCAGCCCUCCAACUUGGACAUCGGGACCGGCGCGCCGGACAUCCCCGUGCGGCUCCAGUGGGGCCACAACAAGCGCUCGCGCCGCCGCCGCGCCUCCUCCCCUCUGCUGCCGACGCCCGCCCCGACGCCCGCGCCGGAGACGCCCGCCCAGGCGCGCCGCCGCGACACCUCGCCUCUGCUGCCCACCCCGGCCCCCGCUCCAACCCCCGUGCCGGAGACACCCGCCCAGGCGCGUCGCCGCGCCUCCAUGAAGCUCCAGCGCCGCGCCGCCGCUGCGUCGGCAUCGGCAUCCGCGGCUGUCCCGGCGGAGAAGCUGAUGCCGCCGCCCAGCGCCCGCGGCGCGCCCAACGUGCGCAUCGUCUCGCCCCUCCCGCCCCGCGCCGCCGCCGUCGCCGCCGCGAACGCGCUCCACGGCCGCACCGUCGCCAUCCAGCAGCAAAGAUCCGUGGAGGAGGCUCGCGCCAGCGCCGGCGCCGAGCAGCAGCAGAAGCAGCCGGCGGCGGCGGUGGUCAAGGCCGAGAACCAGCAGCAGCAGCAGCUGCCGGCCAGGCCGCAUCGUGCUACAGAGAAGGAGAAGGGAAAGGCGCCGGCGCUCCCCGAGUCGCCCAGGCAGCAGCAGAAGCCGCAGGCUCAGCAGCAGCAGCCGACCGAGCUGCAGAAGCUGGUGGCGGCGGCUCGGCCGGAGCUGCCGCGGAUCCAGACGCAGCUGUCUCGCAAGGAGAAGGAGGAGGACUUCCUGGCCAUGAAGGGCACCAAGCUGCCCGUGCGCCCCAAGAGGCGCCCCAAGGCUGUGGAGAAGAAUGUCAGCAUGAUCUAUCCAGGGCAGUGGCUGUCGGAGGUGUCCAGGACCAGGUACAUGGUGCGCGAGAAGAAGUCCAGGAAGCGCAAGGGCGGCGGCCUCAAGGCCAUGGAAAGCGACUCCGACUGAGCAUGUACAAGGGCGAGACUCCGAUGAUUGCACGGCGGGAGGAGGGUUCUGGUGUCGCCGGUGCGGAGAAGCCCUAGAAGCAGCAGGAGGGAGAUAGAAGAGGUUGGAGAUGGUGGUCGACCCAAUGGUCACUCCAUUAGUCAGAGUCAAAACCCAGAGAAAAAAAAAUAAGAUCUAGUCGCCGUGUUAUUCCUUCGGUUCCAUUUUGUAAAUCUUGGGGGCGAGGGGGUGGCCGGCUUUUCUUUUUACCUUUUCGGUCCAUUUUAGGUGUCAGACAGUUGGGUGGUUUACAUGGUCGGUGCCCACUGUUGCUGCAACCGUGUGGUUGUGGUGGCGGUGGGUUGUGCAUAGCCAUGGAAGUUACAGACUUGCAGAGUCCGCAGAAGAAGAUGAAAGAAGAAACAUUAGCUUUUCUCUCA